AUGGAAGACGAAGACGUUGCAAUUUGUCUGCUACUCAGUCUUCCGAAGAGCUACGAAAAUGUGGUGCUCAACAUGGAAAUGAGCAGCACCGAGCUUCGCACUCAAGAUGUGGUGAGAGUCCUGACGAAUGAGCAUGCCAAGCGUCAAGGAGAAAAAGGGACAACGACAGCGACUACGGUGAAGGCUGAAGAUGCAAGCAAGGCAUUCAGCGCCGAGCGUGAGCCCUACCAAUGCACGUAUUGUGGCAAGGUGGGACACACGGUGGAUCGUUGCUGGACAAAGCAGAAGAACGAAGGUCGGGGAGCCCGACGCGGCGGCAAUGGUCGUGGACGCGGGGCUAACAAUGUCCAGUGGGGACAUCAUGAUGAAGGCAAUGGCUACGAUCGAGUGGCGUUUGCAGUCUCGUUCGGAUGUGCAGUUUCGACGAGCAAGGACGUGUCUGGAAUGUGGGCCGUCGACAGUGGUGCAACGCACCACAUUUGCCACGACAAGACCAAGUUCGCAAGUUUGGCAGAGCGCAAUGAGGGCGAACUCUUGGUGGCUGAUGGCAACAAGGUGGCCAUCAAGGGUGUGGGAACCAUCAUGGAAAAGGUGGUUCUGCCCAACGGUGAAGAGCGUGAGAUCGAAAUCAAGAACGCGCUAUAUGUUCCAAGUAUGAGCAAGAACCUGCUCUCGGUGCCACAGAUUAACAGCCAUGGCAAGUUUCAAGUCGUGUUUGACGGGUCCAAGAUGUAUGUGACUCUCAAGAACUCACAGCAAGUGGUGGCGACAGCGGAUCUCGUGGAUGGACUCUACUGGCUUCGGACGACUCAACGAUCAGCGAAUGUGACAACAAGUGGAACCAGUUGUGCCGAUCUACAUGCGAGAAUGGGUCAUGCUCCAGUCGAUGUACUUCGCAAGAUGAUCGCGACCAACAUGAUCAAGGAUGUGCGAGUCCCUCUCAAGUCGGGUGGAGCAACUACAUGUCGAGGAUGUCAACAAGGGAAAAUGGUCCAAAAAACCAUUUCCAAGCAACCGAGACAAGCGCAGCUACGAUACGUUUGA